GAGCAGCAGUAGGUGGUUUCUGGAAUCCAGCCGGCAGCCUGUUCCGACGCCGUUCCUCUCCAGCCGCGGUGGCGGGCCUUGCGCGCCGGCCCGUCCCGCACCGACACUCCCGUUACGCAACCGCGAGCGGCGCUGCCAGGCAGGGCGCUGGGUCCCGGGGCCGCUUCCCUGCCAGAGACCGUCCCCAGCCCCGUGCCGGGUGGCUCUGUGCGAUUCCCAGGGUGAUUCCCUCCCGGUGACCGUCCCCAGCCCCGUGCCGGGUGGCUCUGUGCGAUUCCCAGGGUGAUUCCCUCCCGGUGACCGUCCCCAGCCCCGUGCCGGGUGGCUCUGUGCGAUUCCCAGGGUGAUUCCCUCCCGGUGACCGUCCCCAGCCCCGUGCCGGGUGGCUCUGUGCGAUUCCCAGGGUGAUUCCCUCCCGGUGACCGUCCCCAGCCCCGUGCCGGGUGGCUCUGUGCCGGCACGAGGCAGGCGCUGUGCCCGGGCACCCUGAGCUGCGCAGGCACCUGCCUGUCCCCCGCAGACCCCUCCUGCUUCCCGCCCAGCCUGUUCGGGGCACUUUGCCUCCCAGGGGAGCCACCCUUUGAAAUAACAAGACGGCUGUCCUGCUGUGCCUCUGGCUUGAGGAAGCAUUCCCGAAGGGAGGCGGGGCCGGGCAGGAUGGCCGGGCUGGUGCUCCCGCUGGGUGCCCGUGAGGAGCUCUGCCUGUGCGGCUGAUGCAGGCGGGGAACGAUGCCGGGAAGUCGGCAGAAUUCUUCGAAAUGCUGGAGAAAAUGCAGGCACCAAAACUGGAAGAACAGAGGUCUGGAGGCCAAAAACACAAGGAAGACUACAUCCCAUACCCCAGCAUCGAUGAGAUCCUGGAGAAGGGUAGCCCAUACCCGCUGAUCAUCCUGCCCCAGUUUGGGGGAUACUGGAUAGAAGACCCAGAAAACCUUGGCACACCCACCUCAUCUGACAGCAGCAUCUGCGAGGAGGAGGAGGAAAACCUCAGCCCCAGCACCUAUGGCUACAAGCUGGAGUGCAAGGGGGAGGCCAGAGCCUACCGCAAGCAUUUCCUGGGGAAGGAUCAUUUAAAUUUCUACUGUACAGCCAGCAGCCUUGGAAAUCUGAUCCUUUCUGUCAAAUGCGAGGAGACAGAUGGCACAGAAUAUUUAAGGGUUAUACUCAGGUCCAAAGUGAAGACAUUGCAUGAAAGGAUUCCGUUGGCAGGAUUCAGCAAACUCCCAAGUAUCCCCCAGAUUGCAAAGGCCUUCUGUGAUGAUGCCUCUGGGCUGAAGUUUAACCCGGUUCUCUACCCCAAGGCAUCCCAGAUGAUAGUGUCUUAUGAUGAGCAUGAGGUCAACAACACGUUCAAGUUUGGUGUGAUCUAUCAGAAGUUCAGGCAGACCCAAGAGGAGGAGCUGUUUGGCAAUAAUGAAGAGAGCACUGCCUUCAAGAACUUCUUAAGUUUUCUGGGAGACACCAUAACUCUCCAGGACUUCAAAGGUUUUCGAGGAGGCCUGGAUGUCAGCCAUGGGCAGACGGGAGUGGAGUCUGUGUACACGGUGUUCAGGGACAGGGAGAUAAUGUUUCAUGUCUCUACAAAGCUGCCUUUUACCGAAGGAGACACACAACAACUCCAGAGGAAGAGGCACAUUGGCAACGACAUUGUGGCAAUUAUCUUCCAAGAGGAGAACACACCAUUUGUGCCAGACAUGAUUGCCUCCAACUUCCUGCACGCCUACAUCGUGGUGCAGGUGGAGAACCCCGAGGCGGACAAUACGGCCUACAAGGUGUCAGUCACAGCCCGGGAAGACGUUCCCUCCUUUGGCCCACCCCUGCCGAGCCCACCGGUGUUCCAGAAGAGCCCCGAGUUCCGGGAGUUCCUGCUGACCAAGCUCAUCAAUGCUGAGAACGCCUGCUGCAAGUCCGACAAGUUUGCCAAGCUGGAGGACCGGACACGGGCUGCCCUGCUGGACAAUCUCCACGACGAGCUGCACGGGCACACCCAGACCAUGCUGGGGCUGGGGCCCGAGGAGGACAAGCUGGAGAAUGGGGGUCAUGGAGGCUUCCUGGAGUCUUUCAAGAGAGCCAUCCGGGUGCGCAGCCACUCCAUGGAGACCAUGGUGGGCAGCCAGAAGAAGCACCAUGGCAGUGGCAUCCCAGGCAGCCUCAGCGGGGGCAUUGCACACAACAGCGGCGAGGUGACCAAGACCACCUUUUCGCCCCCUGUCCCCGCUGUUGCUGCCAAGAACCAGUCCAGGAGCCCCAUCAAGCGCCGCUCAGGGCUGUUCCCUCGCCUGCACACGACGUCAGAGAGCCAGGCGGAGAGCAGGACCAGGUGCGACAGUGUUUCUGGAGCCCAGAAGACACCAGAUUUGGGACAUUCUUCUCAAGAGAUGAAAUCUGAAACCUCAUCCAACCCCAGCUCCCCUGAAAUAUGCCCCAACAAAGACAGGCCUUUUAUCAAGCUGAAAGAGAACGGGCGGUCGAACAUCUCCCGUUCCUCCUCCAGCACCAGCAGCUUCAGCAGCACGGCGGGGGAGAGCGAGACCCUGGAGGAGUACGACAGCGUGGGGAGCCAGCCCUCCACGGCGUCACCCUUCAAGCAGGACGUGUUUGUGUACAGCGCUUCGCCCGGCAGCGAGAGCCCUGGCGCGGGGGCCACGGCCACGCCUGUCAUCAUGAGCAGGAGCCCCACAGCAGAUCUAAAGAACAGAAAUUCUCCAAGGUCCAACCUGAAGUUUCGCUUUGACAAGCUCAGCCAUGGCAGCUCCAGCAUGGGCCACUAGCAGGAGGAAGUCAUGAACUUGUCACAGAAUGUUCAACAAAGGGAAAUCUCUUCAGCCCCCCAUGGGACCACGCAGGCCCCGGCCAUGGGCAGCGAGGUGCCCUCGCCCGCCACACCAGAAAAGAGCUCUCACCUUGCUGCAGUCCUGUCCUGACUGGGACCAGCCACCUUCUCUGUCCCCCUGUGCAGCCCAAGCCCUGUGCCCCCUCUGUGUGCAGGGGGAAUGGGUCCCUGCCUGUGCUGCACCCUCGUGGCCAGGCCGUGUCCCCUUCUGGGUCACCCUGUGCUUGCCCAGGGUGCUGCAGCUGGUGGGCACCGUCCAUCCCCCCAUCCCUGGGCUGCCUGGCAGCUCCUUUUGGGCAGAAGGUCAGCAGGAGAGACCUCCACAUAGUUUAGGUCCCUCCAUGCUUUAUUUGCAGUUAUCAGUGGGGAAUCAGAGGUUUAUGUUUGUUUUUUGCAGGGUGGGGGGUCAGGCCAAAGUUAGGUGUUAGUGGCUCUGGGGCAGUUUGCCCUCCACCAUCAUUUGCUGUUGCUCUUCUCUGGGGACAAUGGGGCAAAACCUCCCUGGGGGGGUCCUGGGCAGCUCUCCCUGGAGUGGAGUCUGCAGGGUCUCUCCAGCCAUCCCCCAGCUCCUAUCUACACCCCAAAACUCUUGGGGCCAAGGCAGCCCCUCGCCCCAGACUUGCUCAGUUUCUUGCACAAGAGGCAGGUGAGUGACUUGGGCCAGGGAGGGGAGCUGGGGACAGCAGCCAGCUCAUCCUCCUUGGCAGGUUCAUCCUCCCUGCUUUGUCCCUGCCUGACACUGAGCACAGGCCUGGGAAAGGUGACCUAAAGCUGUGCUGUAUUACAGCUUUAGCUUUUCUUAGUACUAGAACUGGAAUCAGAGGGGAUUUACCUGGUGGGGUCUGCUUUGCCCUAUGGCUUGGAUCACCAGGCAAGCAAAUGCAUAAAACUCUGGUGAUUUGGGAGGCUUUAGGCUGCUCCAGCCCUUACAGAGUCUGUCCUGCUGCUUUUGAGCAAAUUCUUGUUAUUCUGAAAGGAUUGUAGAUUCUGCAAGGUAACUUUCCCAGAAAUACCUCUCUCAACAUGCCAAGAAAUCCUUUUGCUCUUUUAUGGAACUUCAUGUGAAGUUUCCUGAAUCCCGUCCGUAAAUUUCAGAUUGCUCAUAGGUUUCCCUUACCCAUUUUCUGGAAGAUAGGCCAUGAUGCUGCAGAGAUAUUCCCCCCUGUACCCCAGCCUGUGACCUUUGGACAUUAUGAAAUCAGGCUCUCAGUCUCAAGUGAACACAGUUCUUCAGGUUUGUGAUUCCUGCUGAAAACAGGACUUUGAGUGCCAAAGCCACCUUCCCCCAGUGGGUGCUCCAAGAGGCCCAAAGUACCUGGCAGAGGUUUCAGAGGCAGGGGAGCAGCUCCUGGAGCAGCCCUGGGCAGUGCCCUGGCUGGGGCUCCCCUCUCUCUGGGGCAAGUGCUUAUAGGAUCCACCAUCACCUGCCCUCCUCCCUGUGCUCUCCCCAGCCAGAGAGGAGCCCAGGUGAGCAGGACGUGCUGUGCUCACCCUGGUCCUGCAGGGAGGAGCUCUCCAAGCCUUACAAGCCGGUUCACACAGCUGCUGGAAUUAAUCCAUGGGGCAAGGCUGUAGCUAUGAUGGAGGGGGAACCAGGUUAAAGAAGGAGAACAGUUGUGAAAAGGCAGGGAACAGUUUCACCGGCCCUGAGUGCUGUGUGAGACUAGUAAAUAUCAAUAACUCCCAUGGGGAUGCUCCCUCUUGCUCCCUCCAGUUGCAUUUCAGUAGGGUUUAAGCCUUGGGUUUCCUUUGGAAGAGGAGCAUGCAGUGUGCUCAGCCCAGCCUGUAGCUGUAGGUGUCUCAGGAUCACACACUCUGCUGUUCAGCACUUGUUUGAUGAUGCUUCAGUAGCACUUUCAAACCCACCCCUAAUUCUCCUCUUAGAAGCUUUGGUCUGAUUUCCUGAGGCUGCACAAACACUGACUGGUGCAAUGACUUGCUCCCAGGGUCUGCUCUGGGUUUUUUCCCUCUGAGAAGUCACUCGGUUCUGUAGAUGUUGUCAUUCCGUGGGUGUUGAUCUCCAUGAGAUCUUUCAGCAGAUGAUGCAGUGGCUACUGUCAGCUGGUUUGCCAUUUUUGGUUGUUUUGUUGUUUUUUUUUUUUUUUUCCACUUGAAACUGUGGCUUUCCUUUUUGACCUAGAUUGAUUUGGGAGUUAUUCGAAUGGGACUAACAGGCAGAACAGUGUGAAGCCUCAGGGAGAGUUGCAGUGCUCUGGGCUUGUCUCUCUGCCAGCCCACCGGAGGGGCCGGGCUCUGGACGAGGUUUGGCUCCUGCGGGACGUUUCCGAGGCCUGGAACCCAGCGGCUGGGUGUGCCUGCCCCGCUCCGCUCCCGCCCUGGAGUGCCCCGGGGCGCCGCUGGGCUCAGCAGGGCUCCUGGCACAUCCCGGGCACUUCUGCGCUUCCAGCGGCGGGCGGAGGUGUUCCUGUGUACAUUUUGCAAAAUGUUUUGUGCUUAUAAGUGACACACAUCUAUACAUAUAUAAAAGGGAGAUAUAUAUAUAUAUGUAUGUAUAAAAUAUAUAUAUUUAUAUAUAUAAAGGAAAGGAUCCUUAACUGACACUAGAAUUACUGGGCAGUGCAUUUUCCUUUCUGACUCCACUGUUUCCAUGCAUUCAGCUUCUGCCCUCCUCAGAAGUGACAUGGCACAGGGAGCAGAGGGGGCUCAGAAACGCCUUAGGGGGGUGAUGAGGCAGCCCCCGCUGUGUCUCUCUUGCUGGGGUCUCUGAGCCCCUCUGCAGAGGCGUCUCUGUUGCUGCGGUGCUCCCCCUCUGCCGGGUUCGGGUCCUGCCUGCUCGUGCUGCAGCCCCUCGGCUCAGGCCAGCUCAGGUGCAGCUGCACACCUGGCGCCGCUGGCUCCGAGUCCUUGUGCCGGGACCUUUCCCCUGCGGCGGCAUCGCCUCCCUCCGGGUCCGGUGCGCAGCUGCCUUGGCCGGGCUUCCCUUCAGGAAAGCACUUGGCACGCACUUGCAUCUUCUUGAAACCCCACAGAGCCAAAGCACAACACGGAAUUGCUUUUUCUGAGGGAAGCAAGGCGUCCUAAGCACAAACUCCGUUUCUUCCCAGAGUUUUGAGGGUCUUCAAGAACGGCAGGUGAGGGGCCUAGGGAUCUCUCUGCCACCAAGGGCUGUGCCUGAGGCCGGGAUCUCUUGGCUGCAGGAGGUGCUCGGUGCCGGUACCGCCCCAAGGCCGGGGCAGAGCCCGGCACCGCUGCGGGUCCCGCCUGCGCUCUCGCCGCUCCGCUGCCGCUGCAGCCCCAACUCCAGCCCCAACCCAACUCCAGCCCCAACCCAACUCCAGCUCCCAGCCCCAGCCCCAACUCCAGCCCCAGCCCCAGCAUGCUUUCGUCGCCUUCAAUGAAUGUAGCGCUGCCGAUGUCCUGCAAAGGGAAUGCUGGAUUUAUAGCACAGAAUGUGAAGAGAGUUUAUAGAGUGAAAAUAAAUCUUGGAGAAAUGUACCUGACAAAGUUUAUUUUUGAUGUAGAGAGGCAGUGCUUUGUAGUUUCUGGUGACCUAUGUUUGUUGUAAAUAGUGUAUAUUUAAUUUAUUGCUAUGGUAGCAGAUUGUUAUGUAUAAAACUAAAGGUUCACAAAUGUAUAUUUUGUUGCUUAAAUGUGUCUUUGCAAAAUUCACAAUAAAUAACAUAUUUUGUGUCCAUA